AUGAACGUGAGCCGCUGCCGUUGGCAGGGCGUCAUAAAAUCCCUCCGUUCAUACUGGAAGUGGAAUGCAGGUGCCGCCUUGUCUGCCACUAAUUCACAGAAUAGCACCUCACCCUACGAGACGUGGGGCUCGGGCAUAUCCCGGUUUUUCACUUUCCUGAGGUCCAGCAUCGCCGCCACCGCACAGGAGGUGCCGAGGGAACCAGAUAGGAUCCCACCCACAUAUUAUUCAAAGGCAUCGCGCAAGUCACUUGAUGCAUUUAUACGUGUUGUGGAAAGACGUCACUCCAGCAAGCGGUUCGACAGCUCACGUCCCGUCGACCACACUCUUAUCGCGCGCCUGCUGGAGGCCACUACGCGGGCACCCACCGCUUUCAACCUGCAGCCAUGGGUUGCCAUUGUCGUACAUGAGACAUCGCAACGGGGUGCUUUAUCGCAUGCAGCGCUCGACCAGCCGCAACCCCGUGAAGCCCCUGUCACUGUAGUGUUUGCUGGUGACAUGGAGCCCGAGUGGAGGGCCCCUGCAGCACUGGAACUAGGUCUCAACAGUGGUUACUAUCAUCCACUCUACGGUGCUGCAUAUUUGCGGUUGGUGUACUAUCAUCUCCACGGGGGUCCGUUUGGGUCAAUGGCAAAGGCAAAGUCAUGCAUCUCCUCCUGGUAUAGCAACGCCACCGGGACGCCAUUGCUGUCAGUGCCCACAACAAUGCAAGGUUACGCGUGGAAGCAGGCAAUGAUCCCCGCCACAACAUUUAUUUACGCCGCCACAGCUGCUGGAUUGGAUACGGCAAUUCUUGAAGGUUUCGAUGAAGCGAAAGUUAGGGAGGUUGUGGGCUUGCCGGAGCGCUACACCGUGCCCGUUAUUAUCAGUGUGGGGUAUAAGAAAGCAGAUGAGCAGGGGAAACCGCCCGUGCGGAGCCCGAGAUUUAGCACGGGAAGUCUCGUCCGAUGGAAUCGCUUCUGA